GUUUUCUUUUUUACCAUGAAGUUAGUUUUUAUUUUAGGGAUUUUUGUGAUUUUUAUAAGUAAAUUAGUGUUUGGAUUCAUUGGUUUUGAUGGGAAUAGAGUUAGUGGUUUUGGAUCUAAAAAUGAGCCAAGAAUGAUAUUUAAAUAUGAUAGAAUUGAUGAAGUUAAAAAGGCAUGUUCUUCAAUUAUACCCCUUGAUACUAAUAAUAGAAAGCCUUAUGGAAAAGGGCUAUUUAGACUUAAAGAUAAAAUGUCAUUUGUUAAUGGUGAUUGGUGGCAAGAUUUAGAUAAAGCUCCAUUGAUGCCAUUUGAUCAUAAACAACCAGUUGGGUCAAAUGGGUCAUUUGAGCAAAUGUCGCCGAUGAACUUGAUUUCGUUUUGGGUUAUGGAUGUAGACCGAGCUCAUAGGUCCAAGAACUCUGUUAGUGUUAAUGGGAUAUUGCAGCUUGGGAUAACAAUAGGAGGUUUAUUUGGGUUGAAGCCGUAUGAGGAUAAUCCGGCUUUUAAAAUAUACCCCGAGCAUUCAGAGUUAACAAUUUCUUUUCAAGGGAUUGUGUCAGAAACUGAUGAGAAUAAUGGGGAAAAUGUGAUGUGUUUACUUGGUCAAACGAUGUUGCCAUAUCGUUAUCCUGAUUCUAGCAACCCGUGGGAUUGGGUUAAGGAACCAGGAUAUAUAAACCAGCCACCUCUUAUUCAAGAUGAUCAAAUUAUGCUUGUUCUUCGUUACCCGAAAAUGUUUAGUUUGACAAGAAGAGGUAUUUAUGGUAGCUUGAAAAGUUUGAACCUGAAAACAAGCCAAAAGUAUUUUGAUGAAGUACACAUUUCUGCAUCUUUAAGUGCUUCUGCAAAUUAUGAGUUUAUUUCUCAAAGACUCGUAGCAAAAGCUUGUGCUCCAUACCCUUAUAAAGAUAAUUUUUCAAAUACGGGGCUUGGGAUGUAUAAGGGGGAUGAUUUCUGCCUUAUUCUUGAACGGUUUACAGGUCAGGACCCGUUGACCAUUGUCCCAAACUGGAGAUGUAAUGGGACCUAUGAAUUUUGUAGCAAAUUGGGCCCGUUUGAGUCUGACGAGCAUAUAAAAUCGACUAAUGGAAGCUUUAAAGGUGUAAGACUUGCUUUUCAAGAUAUUCGAUGUGAAGAAACGACUGUAAAGGGUCAAAAUGGUAAGUUCACGAAAGUUGCUGGGCUUAUUAGAGUUAUCCUGCCAUUUGAGGAUCAGUACAAUGUUGCUCAGAGAACUGGACUGAAUAAUAUGACCCUUUCAGUUGAAGGGAUGUGGGAAUCGUCUAGUGGGCAACUCUGUAUGAUUGGCUGCCGUGGAAUCGUUGAUCAAGACGCGAGCAGCUGUGAUUCACGUAUCUGUUUAUACAUUCCUCUCUCGUUUUCGAUUAAGCAAAGAAGCAUCAUUCUUGGAACGAUUUCGAGUGUUGAUGAAGAUAAAACAGGUAAUUCAUCUUAUUUUCCUUUAGCUUUUGAGAAACUGGUCCGACCUUCUGAGCUAUACGAUCAGUACACAGAGUCAAAACCAGUUUAUGAAUACUCCAAGAUUGCGUCAGCUGGAACCGUUCUUGAGAAAAACGAGCCUUUCAGCUUCGGAACCGUGGUCAAAAAGUCAAUAUUGACUUUCCCGAAAGUGGAGGAUGCCGCUUCGUAUCUAGUUGGUUUGUCUCUUUUAUCUGAAGAUCUCACACUGCACCACCCUGCAGAGCCAGAAUCUGGCCCGAAUCGUUUCUCAAGAACAGAUUUACAACUGGAGAUUUUAUCAAUCGGUCCAUUAUUCGGUCAUUACUGGUCUCUGCAAAACGAUUCAAUUGUAGAAGAAGAAACCCCGUACCGUGGUAAAAAAACUUACACCGAGAGGGAGCUGUUAUUGAACAUAUCAGCUCAACUUAGUCUCACAGGCUCACAAUAUGGGAACUUUUCUAAUCUUUUCGUAGAAGGACUGUAUCAUCCACUUGUUGGGAGAAUGUAUUUGGUUGGUUGUCGGGACGUACGGGCCUCGUGGAAUGUUUUAUUUGAUAGUAUGGAUUUGGAAGAUGGGUUAGAUUGUUUGAUUGAAGUUGUGGUAUCAUAUCCUCCAACCACGACCCGUUGGCUUGUGAAUCCAACUGCUAGUAUUUUGAUAUCAAGUCAAAGGAAUGAAGUUGACCCCCUCUUUUUCAAUCCGGUCAAGCUUCAAACUGUCCCGAUUAUGUAUCGGGCUCAACGAGAAGAUAUCCUUUCUAGAAGAGGCGUAGAGGGGAUCUUACGGGCUCUUACACUUUCCGUAGCAAUUGGUUGUAUUUUAAGUGAAUUGUUUUACAUCAAAGAGAAUUCAGACUCGGUCCCUUAUGUCUCAAUCGUGAUGUUAGCAAUUCAAGCAGUUGGGUACGGGAUUCCACUUGUUACAGGAGCCGAAGCGAUUUUUAAAAAGUCAAACUCGUAUGAAGAUUCUUCGGUUCUCGAGAAAAGUCAAAUGAUUCAAGUUAUAGAUUACACAGUGAAGAUUCUUGUAUUGGUUUCAUUUUCGUUGACAUUGCGCCUCUACCAGAAAGUUUGGAGAUCUCGGGCCAGGUUACUCACCCGGGCUCCACUAGAACCAAACCGUGUGCCAUCUGACCGAAGGGUCCUUAUCAUUUCAGGGCUGAUCCAUAUACUUGGGUUCAUAUGUGUUCUAGUUCUCCACAAGCUACAAUCAUGGCUGGUGGAACUCGAGGAAUAUGUCGGGCUGGUUCAAGAUUUAUUUUUACUUCCACAAGUUAUAGGUAACUUAAUAUGGCAGAUUAAUGUCAGACCAUUACGCAAAUCAUACUUUUUCGGGUUAACUAUAAUUAGACUCCUCCCCCAUAUUUACGAUUACAUUCGGUCCCCAAUCCCCAACCCUUACUUUUCUGAAGAUUACGAGUUUGUAAACCCACAUCUCGAUUUCUACUCAAAGAUAGGGGACAUAGCAAUACCAUUAAUAGCAAUCAUUCUUGCGUUUAUUGUACAUCUUCAACAGAAAUUCGGCUAUGAAAAGCUCGUGCAGAUACUAGAUUUUGGAAAGUUUAGGGUCUUGCCACGACGGUCUGUAGCAUAUGAGCGGUUGCCCCCAGUGACUGCGGAGGCUGAGAUGACUUCUGGUGUCAAUGGAAACAGAAGAGCAAUGAGAAAGGAGGACGACAUAGAAUGAACAUAAUGAGGUUUAGAUGUGGUUUGCAUGGUUUUUGGGUCAUGUUGUAUUAUGUUCAUUUUGUGACACAUUGAAACUUUGUAUAACUUCACUCAGGUUUUUGAAUAUAGUUUUCAUUGCCACUUGAUGCUUAAA